GCAGCUCAGUUCGGGACGACGCCGUCGACGAGACGACAAGACACUGAUUGACAACCACCUUGAGAUCUCAGUUCUCCGGCUCUCCUUCGUCUUCCCCCUCUCCCGUCCCGGCCGCUCCUCAAAGUUCCCGGGUAGCAUUCCGCACCAUCUCCGGGCAACUGAGACACCCUCCCACAAUGCUACAAUCCCUUCUCACAUUCAGGAACCUGUUACUCCAUACUUCCCUCUCACUGUUACUCUCUCUCCUCCUCUCCUUCCUCCGGUUCCCCUCCCUCCUACUUCACGGCCUCUUCACUUACAUCCACCCGGAGAACCUCGGCCAGCAGAACGGCCUCAGGGCAGCCAUCCGCCGCCCCGGCUCCGACCCCUCCGAGCCCGAGCCGCGGAAGAAGACCAAAUCCAAGGACAAGUUCGAAUUCGAUGAGAACAAUGCCCAGAUCUUCAGGAUCAAGCUCGAUCCCGACCACCUCCAGACGAGGAUCUACUAUAGUGAGUAUCACAGCGUGUCCGUGCUCUCGUUUGUCAGCUUGUCUUGUGUAUUGCUUCAGCUUUAUCUGGGCGAAUCGGUUAAUGAUGGGGUUCUCGCGAGCGGUUCUUUGAUCCCUGUCCUGUUGGGGUUUUUCGCCGUCUCGAGACUGUUCUUAGUGCUCGCUAAGGUUUCCUUCGAGAAAUCGGCCUCAAGGCUGUCGGAGAAGAGAUUGAGCUUGUGUUUUGGGGGAUUAGGGUUCAUUGCCGGGCUCAUGAUUUGCUCGUCGCUCCUCCGGUCGGUUCUUGAUUUCGAUUGUGGGUCAAUUGAUGGGUUCUGGGCGGUCCUGUUGGCGUUUUUAAUGGGCUGCCUCGCCGGUUUGCUCUACAUGCCUGCCUUGAAGUGUGCAAGAUCAUUUUGGCUUGGGACUGAUCAAAUUCGGUGCAAUCUCGGGUUAAUCUCCAGUGGAUGGUUCGCGAGGACUGCGCUUUAUCUGACUUGCAUUCUGAAUAUCUUCACUGCUUUGUUAUGGAUCAAUCCAUUUAUCGAUAUUCUCAUUAACAAGAAGGCUAUUGAUAGUAAGGCGGCACGAUUAUCCACUGGUUCCCGGGUUGAUGAGAAAUUAGCAGGCAAUGUGGGAAUGUCGAGCUCGGAAUUUGCUAAGUUCCGGCUUUACUGCUUGCUGCUCUCAGGUCUCUCCCAAUUCAUAGCUUUACGACCAAACUUGCAAAUGUAUUUGAACGAAGCAGUACUGUCAUGGUACCAGAGGCUCCAUGCUAGCAGGGUUCCCGACUUAGACUUCAGUCGGGCAAAGGUUUUCCUGCACAAUCACUACGCUUGCCUUGCCGUUGUGCAUUAUUUUGUCCCACCGGCUUUGGUACUCGUUUUCCUUGGCUUAUCUCAAAUAGAAGGGCGGCCACUGGGGAAGUUCGAGAUGCUAUGUAGUCAGCAGCCCUGCUUCGGUUUUUUCAAGCAAGUGGCUCUGCUAUUGGCCUGGUGGGUGGUGUUUGUUUGGUCAGUUUUCACCUCAGUGACCCUAGUGUUGUACCGUCGAGGUUUCUUGUAUGUCUCGUGAUUGAAUUGAAGUUGUUUUCUUCAGUUUUGUCUCGCUCGGGCCCUUUGUCGUGGCCUCGAUCAGAAGUUUUUUUUUUUUUUUUUUGUCCUCAGAGAUUUGUGACUUUGUAACUGUCUCUGCAGUCAGAGAAAGAAGCAUGAUAUGAUAUAAUAGAAAGCACACGUUUUUGUCUUUGUUGACAA